GGAGAAGUCUGGUCGGUAUAUAAACCCCCAGCGAGGCAUUCGACCUCUUGCUGUUCCCACCUCGCCUCUCACCCUCUCGCCUUUCAAGCAACUCUCUCUGCAUUUACAUUCUCACCCCCUUUGCCCUACCAACCAAAGAAAAAACAACAACUCUAUCAAAAUGUCUUCCCCCGCUUGGUCCAAGAUCACCACCACCCUUAACACCGGAGCCAAGAUGCCCAUCUUCGGUUUGGGUACGUGGCAAUCCGCUCCCAACGAGGUCAGGACCGCCGUCAAGGCUGCUCUCCAGGCCGGAUACAGGCACAUUGACACCGCCCAGGCUUACGGAAACGAGGCCGAGGUCGGUGACGGUAUCAUCGACUCGGGUGUUCCCCGAGAGGAGAUCUUCUUGACCACCAAGAUCGACAACAUGGAGCACAAGGACGUCGCCAAGGUUGUCGACGAGUCGCUCAAGAAGCUCAAGACCGACUACGUCGACUUGAUCUUGAUGCACUGGCCCGUCUCGAUCGACCCCGUCGACCGUGAGAACCAGAAGGUCCUCUACAAGGACUGGAACUUUGUCGACACCUGGAGGGAGAUGGAGAAGAUCCCCUCGUCCAAGGUCAAGGCUAUUGGUGUCUCCAACUUCGGUAUCGAGAACUUGAAGACCCUUUUGGAGUCUGCCAAGACCGUCCCCGCCGUCAACCAGUGUGAGGCCCACAUCAACUGUCCCUCGACCGCCCUCGUCGACUUCUGCAAGUCCAAGGGUAUCCACUUCACCGCCUACUCUUGUCUCGGAUCCACCGGUUCGCCUUUGGCCAACGACAAGACCUUGAAGGAGAUUGCCGAGAAGCACAACACUUCGACCCAGAAGGUCUUGUUGGUCUGGAACAUGCAGCGAGGAGAGGGCAAGCACAUCUCGGUCAUCCCCAAGUCCGUCACUCCUUCCCGUAUCGAGGACAACUUGAAGCUCGACGGACUCGAGUUGUCUCAGGAGGAGAUGGACAAGUUGAACGCUUGUCAGGACAGGUUCAAGGUCUGCAACGAGUGGCUUCCCCAGCUCGUCUUCAGGGCACCCGGAACCAAGGCCUCGGACAAGGGAAGCCGAGACUUCUACGACAAGGACUCGCUCUUCGAGCGAGAGUGAUUUCGGUCGUAUCCCCUUGAGCGUUUCGUGAUCAUCAACCAUGCAGGCAACCACUUUGUAACCAAUAACGAAUAGUCAUCGCAACAUUUACGUAUGCAUUCAUGGAUGUCGAAU